GUGAACCAACGCCACCUAGGAAUAAAGCCUCCAAACGCUUUCAGCAACCUCGUGUGACGUCACUACUAGCGGUCCUUUCUAACGACUGUUUCCAACUCGUUGUGUUGAACACGUUGUUUUUCAGUCUUUUGUUCUUCGAAUUGGAUUUAUUAUUUACUUUAAUAUAUUUAUACUUUCACCAUACUUUCUAGCUAAGGUUUUUUCAGGAUAAACGAUAUGCCUCGAAAGUGUUGUGUACCAGCUUGCAAAGGGAACUAUGCAACAGGACCAAAAGUUAGUGCUUUUAGUUUCCCUUCAGAUGAAGUUUUACGGCAGAAAUGGAUAUCUGCGAUUCAUCGAUACAACUUUGUACCUACAAAACAGUCAGUGGUAUGUGAAUUACAUUUUCACUCAGAUGACAUUGAACGAACCACAAGUAUGUAUGACCCAAAAAGUGGAAAACUUCUUACUGCACCAUUAGAACGGCCAAGAAUUAAGAAAGGUGCUGUUCCUUCAUUAUUACCAGGAUGUCCUUCAUAUUUAUCCAAGCCAGCCAGUAAAAGAGAAAAUCCAGAGGAUCGACGACAGCGCUUGGAGAAUGCUUUCCUUAGUAAUGCAAUGGAAGAAAGCAUGGAGUCAUAUGCUAAA